GCUACACAGUCACGGGUCAGAUCCGAUUCAGAUCUCGCGCACAGCACGCGAGCCGAGGGGGACAAAUAGUAGGAUUUCCAGAGAGACAGAAACAAACGGAGACGCAGAGAAACCCUUUCCACCCAGAUUCGUUCGGUUCGGUUCGGUUCCGACCACGCGGGCGCGGGAGAGAGUGGGGAGAUGAGCGCGGCUGCGGAGGACGCGGCUGCGGCCGAAGGGGGAUCCGGAGGCGGGAGCAGCGGCGCGGGGUCGUCGGAAGGGGGCGCGCGGCGCCGGUUCGACGACAAGGGCCUCGUCGCCCGCACCUCGCUCAUCCUGUGGCACACGCACCAGAACGACGUCGGCGCCGUGCGGAAGCUGCUGGAGGAGGACGCCGCGCUCGUCAACGCCCGGGACUACGACAGCCGCACGCCGCUCCACGUCGCCGCGCUCCACGGCUGGCACGACGUCGCCGAGUGCCUCGUCGCCAACGGCGCCGACGUCAACGCCCAGGACCGCUGGCAGAACACGCCACUAGCUGAUGCGGAGGGCGCAAAGAGGCAGCCCAUGAUUGAGCUGCUCAAGGAGCACGGUGGAUUGACAUAUGUAUUCCAAUUCCACCUGUCACUGUAUGGUAUGGAUUUAGUGGGGGAAAACUGGAAGCCAUUUUGAACCAAAGACGAUUCCACCACCUCUAACAAAUAAGGCUGACUGGGAGAUUAACCCACUUGAAUUGGACUUCACAAAAGCAACUGUUAUCGGAAAGGGCUCUUUCGGUGAAAUUCUGAAAGCAAAUUGGCGAGGAACACCUAUUGCUGUCAAGCGCAUUCUUCCAUCCUUAUCUGAUGACAGGCUGGUGAUCCAAGAUUUUAAGCAUGAAGUCAACUUGCUAAUAAAGCUGAGACAUCCAAAUGUUGUCCAGUUCCUUGGAGCAGUUACAGAAACCAAGCCUCUAAUGCUAAUUACUGAGUUUCUACGAGGAGGUGAUCUUCAUCAAUAUCUGAAGGACAAAGGUGCACUCAACCCACUUACCGCUGUUAAUUUUGCACUGGAUAUUGCAAGAGGAAUGGCAUAUCUUCAUAAUGAGCCUAAUGUUGUGAUUCACCGAGAUUUAAAACCAAGAAACAUUCUUCUGGUGAAUUCUGCUGCCAACCACUUGAAGGUUGGAGACUUCGGCCUUAGCAAGAUCAUCAAAGCGCAGCAUGCGAAUGAUGUAUACAAGAUGACUGGAGAGACAGGAAGCUAUCGGUACAUGGCCCCUGAAGUUUUCAAGCACCGGAAAUAUGACAAGAAAGUUGAUAUCUUCUCUUUUGCCAUGAUUCUAUAUGAGAUGCUGGAAGGUGAUUCACCCUUCUCCAACUACGAACCUUAUGAGGCUGCUAAGUACGUGGCAGAUGGGCAUCGUCCGGUUUUCCGUAAAAAUCAUACCACUGAGUUGAAGGAUUUGGUUGAGCUAUGUUGGUCUGGGGACAUCAGUCUGAGGCCAUCUUUCUUGGAGAUCCUCAAGAGGCUUGAGAAGCUCAAGGAGCAUUAUUCACACGAGAACCACUGGCAUUUGUUCCAGUAGCAGUGCGUAUAUUUUUUUACUAUGACUGUUGUCAUGAUUGGGGAUUUCUCGGGAGAUCUGACAUUGAUGAAUGUACAAAAUUGGGUGCCUCUAGAAAGGUCCACUGAGACUGAAAAUCUUCUUGCUGUUUUACGUUUAUGCUAUUUCUGGUAAAAAAAACAGAAGCUUUCUUUGUACCACAUCCUCUACAACUUUGUCUUUAGGCUUCUCUCCGUAAAUGAUGGAAAAUCUUGAACUAUGUUCUGCAGCAUUUAGGUUGAUGUGGUGUUCUAUAUAGAUCGGUUGAUUUUCUUUUUCUA